UAAAAUUAAAAAUGGAUAUUAAACUUAAAGAAGCCACUUCACCAAAACCAACCAAUCAAGAAUUAUUGGUAAAAUCACCAACCUAUAGCAGAACAAAAGAAGAAAGAAGAGAAAACUGUGGUGAGAUGAACCACGAGUUUUAUCUUAGAAAUGUUUCUGAAAAAGCUGAACUCGAUAACAAGAGAAGCCAAGAAAUUGUAGAUCAUAAUCUUAGAGAAAUGUCCAAUGAAAGAAAAGAAAAAAGCUUUGAAGUAAAUCAAGAAUUAGAAAGAGGUCUCGAACAGCGUGAUAAAUAUAUAUUCGAAAUAAGUGAAAAGGGUAGAAAAGAUGUAGACCAUGCAAAUAAAGUUCAUGACAGAGUUAUGAAAAAUAGAGAAAAAGAAAUUAAUGACUACCAACUAAAAGAAAAUAAAAAACAUCUUCCACAACAAUAAAUCAAUAAACAAUUUAAAGUGAAUUCACUUUUUUUUUUAUAAAAACUUUU